AUGGAGACUUUUUUUGAACAUUCAUCUCAUAAUGGAGACUAUAUGAGUUACGCUGCGGGGAAAACCGUUAAUAAAAAUAUAGAAGUUCAGGGACCUUACAAUUGUGAAAUUUGUUUUAAGAAGUUUUCUCGCACAUCUAACCUCAAAAGACAUUUGGUGGUUCACACGGGACAAAAACCUCACAAGUGUGAAAUUUGUUUUAAGAAAUUUUCUCGCACAUAUGACUUGAAAAGACACUUGAUGGUUCACAAGGGAGAAAAUAAGUGUCAAAUUUGUUUCAACGAGUAUUCUCGCGCAUCUGCCAUAAAAAGACAUUUGAUUGUUCACACGGGAGAAAAACCUCACAAGUGUGAAAUUUGUUUCAAACGAUAUUCUCAAUCAUUUGAUUUGAAACAACAUGUAAGAAUACACACCGAAGAAAAUCUUUCGAAGUGUGAUAUUUGUUUUAAACAGUUUACUCAACGAAAUAAAUUGAAACGGCACAUGAGAUUGCACACUGGGGAAACUCCUUACAAGUGUGAAAUUUGUUUUAAGCAGUUUAGUGAAGCGGGUACUUUGAAAAAACAUUCGAGAGUGCACCUGGAGUAA